UGUUGCUGCUCUCACUGUCUGCACCCUGCCCGGGCAGGACAGCGCCGUAUCUCUUCGGUGAAGGAUGGAUCGAGAAAGCUGAGCUAUUUUCUAAAAACAAAAAAGAAGAAAAGUGUCGGUAUAUAUUUCUGGUUUCUUUCCUUCUCGUCGAGGACUCGCUCGGGCUGAACGUCAGUGACGUACUGCGGUUAGCAUUGUCAGGAACUUUACAGAACAUACGCGCUGUUAAAAACCUCAGUGUGCUAUUUUGUUUGAACAGCUGCCUAACACGAGUCCAACUGUCUUUUGGAUGUUGCGUAUGCUGAUCUCCAUGAAGAAUUGCAGCACUGAGAUGAUGGUAAUGGAGUGAGACACCGCUGUCAGAGGGGAUCCACAAGAAAGCUGGUCUACUAAUCUGGGGGAGGACAAUUGAGGAAGCAACUUGGAGUCUUCUCACCUGCAUUCGACCCCUUAAACUGCAUUGAACUUCGAAAAUGGAUGGAGUAGACACCAUGCAGAGCUCGGCCCUGGAGACUAAGGCUGAGCGCAUCGCCCGGUACAAGGCAGAGAGGAAGAGGGAGCUCGCUGAGCGCUAUGGCAACGCAGACGAAUUCACCUCCAAAUACGUCCGUCGGGACAGGAAAAUCGGAGGUGCAUCCGAAACAGUGUCAUCAGAAAACAAGGAGAAGGAAAAGUGUGAGGAUAACGGAUCAGAGCAAACGUACACCCGCAGAGGUCUCAGGAACAAAGCAGCAGAGCCGGAGCACACUGAGGAUGAGCCUGCUGGGGAAAAAGAGAGAACCACUCACCUCAAAACAGACACGAUUUCAUCCUCUAAAGCAGAAGAGGUCUCCUCCGUGAAGACGUCCUCUCAUCUGAGGCUGCUGGAAACCGAUGACACAGAGGAGCCAAAGGUUGACGAGAAACCUGUGGAUGCCAAGAGGACUUCCAAGACGUCUAUUUUUAAGGACCAGGAGGACAUGGAGGAUGGAAGCAGCCCCCAACAGACCUACAACAGGAGUCCGAUAAUGAGCAGCGACGAAGAAGAGUCCUCCGCCAGCUUUUCAAAAACUGAUAGGAGCAAGUUAAUGGAUGAAAAAGAGGCCCCAGAUGACCCGUCAAGCAACGAGCAGCAUGGAAACGCUUCCACUGAGGAAGAAAAGCCUUCCAGUCUCCUCUCCGACCAAUCUCUCCCUCUCAGUAAGAACCGAGACGCCUCCCCCCCUCCCUCUCCUCCCUGCCAGCCAUCCUCUCUGCAGCGCCAGGACUCCGGACCUCGGGGCAUCAAGGGAAUCCUGAAGAAAAGCCGCUCCACCAGCGUGGAAUCGGACCACAGCGAGGGAUCGGCGGCGGAUAGCGCACCAGCCCGACAAAGCAGUGUCACCCUCACCCACCCCGAGAGCGAGGAGGAGGAGGAAGAGGAGGUGGAGGAGGAGGAAGAGGAGGUGGAGGAAGAAGAAGAAGAAGAAGAAGAAGAGGAAGAGGAGAUAGAGGAGGAGAUAGAGGAAGAGGUCAACGGGGAAAAUGACAGAGAAGAUGAGUCAUUUACAGAUGACAUCACAGACGGAGGGUGCUUCAGCAGCGACAGACAGCAGGCGGAGGGGAGCAGUGGCAGUGGGGGGAGCUUUGAGGAGAUGCAGAGCUUUGAGGAGAUGCGGAGUCCGUCGCCCAUCGAGAGCCUGGAGGCGUCCACAGUGUCGGAGGAUGCUGAGGAGCUGGAGAGCAGUCUGGACGGAAGCCAUAGCGGUUCACUCAAACAGAGACUGGCGGAGUUCACCGGCGAAGGAGAGAAGAGGGAUAGAGUGAAGAAGCCCAAGGCAUCCGACCGGAUCCAAACAAAACUGUCUGAUCGCUUCGGCCAGCUCCAAGAUGCUGAAAACGCCUGGAAGAAAAAGAAAACACGGCCCUGCUGUGAAGCCGAACAGGCAAAAAAGUCCAGUGUAGAUCUGGGGCCCAAGGUGUCACUGGCAGACAGGAUGAAGGUCCUGAAAGACAAAGAGGAGCAGUGGAAGAGCAGAGGCAAAGGAGCAGCCAACGACUCCGUCCAGUUCACUGUGGCCGGACGCAUGGCCAAGAGAGGACUUGUGACAGACACCGGAAAGGAUGAGUCGCCUCUUAUUGCCCUCAAGAAAUCUAACGCCACGCCUGUCAAGCCGCUUGAAGAAAUCUCCAGUCGAACAGAUGUCAAGGUGGAAGGAGACAAAAGGCUCGACAAGCUUGAGUCUUUCCUCGAUAAGCUCCACAAUAAAGGCGUGAGCAAAAACAAGACAUCCACCGUGGAGGUGACGGCAGAGACGGAGAAAGAAGUGAUGACUCUGGACGAUGACGAGACAUUCGGCAACUUUUACAAAACUGUCUCACCGUCGUCCCGCCAUGAUUCCAGUAUGGUUUUAACAGAGGAGGACUUAAAAGAGAUCCAGCCCAAUACCCCAAAGCUCACUUCAGCCGUUGCAGAACACAAGCGAGCGGUUCGCCCCGCCAGGAGGAACCAGGGCUCCAGGAACCCUCUGCGGGCCCUGGCUGCUCGCAACGACAUCCGGCAGGUGUACACCGAGCAGAGGCUCAACGUCGCCUCCCUGGAGACCAAAAGGAUCCAAGUGGAGAGGAUGGCAAAGCACUCCAAAACUAAUCUCGCUGAUGUGGCCUUGGCGGGUCUCGCCAGUAAGGAGAACUUCCGCAAGAUUAACCUGCGCAGCGUGAAGUCCACCGAUGUUGUGACCAACAACAGCACGCUGCCUUUCAACAAGCUCAUGCUCAUUCGCAUCAAAGGCCGGAGGCACAUCCAGGUGCGCCUGGUGGAGCCCACAGCCCACUCUCUGAACAGCGGCGACUGCUUCCUCCUCAUCACGCCAAAACACUGCUACAUGUGGAGUGGAGAGUUUGCCAACGUCAUUGAGAAAGCUAAGGCGUCGGAGAUGGCAGCGUUUGUUCAGGCGAAGAGGGACCUCGGGUGUAAGGCCUCCCAGGUGACGGUGCUGGAGGAGGGCAUCAACACGGACAGCAGAUGGGCCAAAGAGUUCUGGACCCUGCUGGGAGGACAGACCUCGUACAGAGGCGCAGGGGAGCCAGAGGAGGACGAGCUGUAUGAGACCGGAGUGUUGGACUCUAAUGGGGUGUACAGACUCCUGGGAGACAAACUGGUUCCUCAUGAAGAAGCCUGGGCCUCCAUCCCGAGUGUCUCCUUGUUGGACUCUAAAGAGGUCUUGGUGUUUGAUUUUGGCAGUGAAGUGUAUGUGUGGCACGGGAAAGACGUGCUGGGUGACAGAAAAGUCGCUGUGAAACUGGGCAAACAGCUUUACGGCGGCAGCUACGACUACAGCAGCUGCAGAGUUAACCCUUUGGACGCCUCCUGCUUGAAUACAGAUGUGCCUGAACAGGGGGAGGGUCGCCCGAGCUGGGCUCUGUUUGGCCGGCUGUCAGAGCACAAUGAGACGUCGCUGUUCAGAGAGAAGUUCCUGGACUGGGCCGAGAGGAAGAAGGAGGAAGCUGCUCAAGCAGAGGAAAUCAAGAGCCCAGUCCACGCCAUUGAUCGCCCCACACUCGACCUGGAGCUGCAGCCAUGUGACGCCAAGGCCCUGCUGGACAACGAGCCGGCCUCUGUGAAGACCGUUCUGGAGGGGGUGAACGUGCAGCGGGGCCACGGCCUGGUCAGAGCGGAUGACGGGAGGCAGGCGGAGCUGGCUACAAUAGCUGUAGAUUCCUGGCACAUCAAAGAGCACGGCGAGGAGGAACUGCCUGAAGAGAGCCUGGGCCAACUGCACGAAGGCGACACCUACAUCAUCCGCUGGAAAUACUCCAUCACCACUCUGGUGGGAAAGCGGCAGAAGCCCGGGGAGCUUAGUGCCGGCGCUCCUGGGAGAGAGAGGACUGCUUGUUUUUUCUGGCAAGGCAGUAAGUCCAGCGUCAGUGAGAAGGGAACCUCGGCUCUAAUGACGGUGGAGCUGGGCAGCCACAGAGGAUCACAAGUGUUGGUGAGUGCAGGAAAAGAGCCUCCGUGCUUCCUCCAGCUCUUCCAGGGCGGUUUGAUCAUCCACAAGGGCAGUAGAGAUAACAGUGCCAACAACACAGGCGCAUGGAGGUUGUUCUGUGUCCGUGGUGAGGCGGAGGUGGAGGCGUCGCUGGUGGAGGUGGAUUGCCAGCGUGCCAGUCUGCGCUCUCGUGCUAGCCUGGUGCUUCUUAACGCCCAGAAAGCCGUUCUCUUCUUGUGGCACGGCUGCAAAGCACAUGCUGGUGCCAGGCAGGUGGCCAAAAGAGCUGCAGACAAACUCACGCAGAGGUGUCCCUCAGAGUUAGGUCUGAGCAGCACCAGCAGUGUAAAGGUGGAGGAGGUGGAGGAAGGGUCUGAGCCUGCUGAGUUUGUGAAGGCUCUGGGCCCGCUGGACAAGAAGGCCUACGACUGUAUGCUGCAAGAUCCAGGGAAAUACAACUACACACCGCGUCUGUUCCGUCUCAGCGCCAGCUCCGGGGUGUUCGAAGGGGAGGAGCGUCUGUACCCAGCCAGGGUGUCAGAGGGAGUUAUGGCGAUGCCCUUCCUGCAGGAGAACCUCUACUCUGCACAACAGCCAGCCCUGUUUCUGCUGGAUAACCGUAUGGAGGUUUACCUGUGGCAGGGCUGGCAGCCUGAUGACACCCAGUGUACCGGCUCUGCGAAAAUGCGCUGGAACAGUGAGAGGAAGUGUGCCAUGGAGACUGUGCUGCAGUACUGCAAAGAGAAGAACCCUCGGCGCCCCCCUCAGGCAUAUCUGGUCCUAGCAGGCAGUGAACCUCUCACCUUCAGCAACAUCUUCCCAUACUGGGAGAAGGACACCAGUAUCACUUCAAAGACUGAGGGCUCCAAGAACAAGGUUAUGUUGGUAAAGGAGGCGCUGUCUCGGCUCAGUAAGCUGCAGUACUCCAUCGAGGAGCUGACCGGGAAGCAGUUACCAGAGGGAGUGGACCCUCUGCGCCUGGAGGACUACCUCUCCGACCAGGACUUCAAGACCCUUCUUGAGAUGAGUCGAGUUGAGUUCAACGCUCUGCCAAACUGGAAGCAAAAGAACCUGAAGAAAAGCAAGGGCCUGUUUUAAAACAAAUGUUUUUGUACACUCGCUGCCUGUUUCUUCAUUUUCUCAGAAGCUUUUUCUAUCUUUUUUUAUUCCAAGAAGAAAAAUGAUGUCCUCAUUUUGUAAAGGAUAAAGAAAAAGCAAAUGUACAAUUUUGUUCAAAUGUUGAUCUAUUUUUAAUACCAAUGCCAUUUUUUCUUGUUUUGUCACUAAAAUAUUUUAGCCGAUCAUUAUGUGCAAUUGUUAAUCUUUUUGAUGGCAAGAUGUUUUUCCUUGUAUGGUAAAAAUAGUUACCCUUGCAUUAUAAAUAUGUAAUAUACUAUAAAGCAAUGUGUUUUAUGUGACACUAGGAGGUGUCGAUUUUCAUGUGAGAAUGUGUUUGCCUGUUGUUAUAAAACUGAGGGAGUUAUUCAUUGAUUUUCAUAUUUCACAGAGAAAGGCAGCUCUGUAAUAGUAUCAAAUUGUUCGGCAAAAAUGUCCUCACUUAGAGGAUGACAAACAAAACAAAUCAAAGCUCAGAGAACAAUCCCUAUGAUUUGGGAAUAUUUGAAAGAAACUUGCUGAUUGAAAACCAAGAUUGUAUUCAAUUGACUUGUAUAAUUGAAAUUGAAAAUAUUUUCUGUUGUCGUACAUGUGUAAGGAGGAGUAACAUCCAAAAUCCCAGAGAAAAUCUUAACAAAAUGAACUGAAAUUGUUUUUUAUUGAUGCUACAGACCAUAAGCAUCUCUAAACUCAACCAUAAACAUUUUUCAAGUUUGAUACUGAAUACUUCCUGGAUCUCAUGAAUGACUGUGUUCCAGUGAUGGCAGCCCUUUGAACUACUUGUUGGGGACCAAAUUGAAUCCGUUUGUCUCGUUAUACAUGUUUCUGUUUUUCUAUGUGUGUCUGAAUGUGUACAUGUGCAACUUUAAAAGUAUUAAGUGUCGGGUAUGUAAGAGAGAGUAUCAUGCAGUAUAAACUGCCAUUAUAGCUGUAGCUGACACCACAAAUGAAUACUGCAAAUGUGAUGUCACGGUAUGUUGUGUAAACCAUACUGUCAAUAUGAUUGCCUGUAAUGUCUGAAUUAGAACAUUUUCUGCAUGACGUUCACAAAAAAAGAUUUAUCUCAGAAUAUGUGUUAUUUUUUCGUGACGUGUAAGAUCUGCAUUACAUGUGGAGAAAGCUUCCAGGCCACUUUUUAUUUCAUGGCACAUAACAAUAAACAUUGGUGGUAGGAAAAGAGAUAUUAAUGCUCAAGACUCCCUUUUAAAUAAAGUAUUUUUAAAAUGG